AUGGCCGCACGGUGUGCGUUUGGCAGUAGAAAUGCCCCUCCGGGACACAGCAGGAAUCGCAUACUGGCAGUCCUGUGCGCUCUCGCCCUCACCCUGCUGCUGUUCGGCGUAACGGCAGUCGAUGGCAAGCGUGCGUUUGCGAUCCGGAUGCGCAGCAAGAGCAACCACAACACGGGCAGCGCGCUGGGGCGCAAUUCGCGCAAGAACUAUCACCACAUGCACCAGGAAGGUGUCGGUGGGAUGGUGCGAAACCCACCCGUACCGGACAUACAGCCGCCCAGACCGAUCGGUUGGAGCGUGGACGGUCACACGAACAGUCAUCCGAUAGGGCCACCGCCGGCCUAUCCGGGACUGGGGCAUCACGUCGUCCCCGGCGGUGGUGCACCGCCCGCUUACUCUCACUCCAAGAUCAAUCCGCCGAGCUACGCGGAAGCGGUAGGACAUCAGCAUGCGUACGCAGCGGCCGCACCACUCGUCGGACCGCGGCACUACGAUUACAACCACAACAGUGCACUGUACGGGGAUUCGAAUGCGAUCGGGUCCAGCUAUGGGUCGAGCUACGGGUACCAUCAUCGCGGGUCGAGUCCGUUCAGCAUGGGCAGCAUUCUGACCGGGGCCGCCCUCUGGCAUGUGGCGCACGGUGUUGGGCACCAUCACCAUCACGGCCAUCACCAUGGUGAGCAUGGCAUCAACUCGGAGGAGCAGCAUUUCUACCACCACAACCAUCCGGCCCAUCACGGGGCGGGCGAAACGAGCACGUUGCCGCCGGAAGUCGAGAAUCCGCACAUCCAGGUGAACGCCAACUUUGACUUUGGCCCGUCACCCAACCCGCAGGAGGUACUGCCCGCCCAGGGGGACAGCAGCAGUAGCAGCAGCAGUACGACCAGUGUGCCGAGUGAAACGUGA